AUGCCAUCAAUAAUUGCCCCAUCACCACGACGCGUCACCCAUGCCUUAUUUCAAGACGCGUUACAGUCUCCUUCCCCGGAGACGCGUCAGUCACACGUCCCAUCAACAGUAAUUUCUGAAAUUUUACCCUCGCGAAUGCUUUUAAGUCCCCCGCGACUGCUGUCGCCAAUCACACUCAAUGAACCUCGCGUUUUGUCUCGGAAAUCAAAGUCACCAAUGCCUUGUGGUGCUGCAGUAAGGCGAGGGUCUACCCGUACCACUCGCUCCAUGAAUAAACGCCGUCGUUUUCCCCCUCGUAUCGAGUCGCCUCUCGAUGUAUAUAGCCGUGUUCCUAUGUUUGAUCGUCUCCCAUGGAUCUCCGCCAUGGAGUACCCUCCGCGGUUCGAUCUUUGCGACACAGCAGAUCUGUCUCUUCUGCCCGCACUUGGCGCUGAAGAACCCACAUUCUCAGACGCAAUCCCUGCGUCUGGACCGGUGCGCCGCCGCAAGUCAUCACUCCGUUCAAACCCUCUUGGAAAUAAUUCAGAGCCAGAAUCGCCAUCAAGACAAAAUUUUCCUUUCCAGUCCCCCAACUGUGAUCGGGAGCGUCUCAAGACCCCGCCCCCUAGGAUACCUUUUGACCCCACACAAGUCACUUUCUACAACCUCAUGCCAGUCUUUCCGCAUGGAGCUGCCAAUAGCCCCUCGUAG